UCAUGUCAAUGGAUAAUCUUAUUCACCACUCAAAUUCCUACUUAGUAGAAACAAUUCAUGAUGAUGAAUUUAACUCACAAAUAACUAUGCUUCCUCCAUUUGAUCUCAAAGAUGAGAGCUUUUCUAUUCAAGAUGGUUAUUUUCUUGAACCUCCAUACAACUCCAACGAGUUGUUUCUCCCUGGAAUAAACUCAUACCCAGAAUUCAACAAUUUCCAAGACUACCCAAAACGCCAAAAGAUCUAUCAAGAUGACUUUUUUCUCAAUGGGGUUGUGCCAAAUCCUCCAAUAUUACAAGAGUUAACGUCGUUUUCGACGCCUGAGUUUCAAAAUUUGCCAGUUUAUAGAACCGAAAAUGGAGUAGGGAUGAAAGUGAGUACUGUGAAGAAGAAUUUGUCAUCCCAAAGCAUUCCGGCGAGAUUAAGGAGAAAGAAGAUAAGUGAGAAAACAGAAGAGUUAGGGAAGUUGAUUCCUGGUGGACAUAAGAUGAAUACUGCUGAUAUGUUUCAAGCUGCUUAUAAGUAUAUUAACUUCUUGCAAGCACAAGUUGGAAUUCUUGAAGUCAUGGGAUCAUAUCAGGAAAAAGGAGAGCAAUUUCAAACUCCAGAACUCAACAAUCUUGUUGGAGCUCCAUUGAUUCAAGAAAAGUUAUAUUCAAGUGAAGAAUGCUUAGUUCCUGACAUUUUCAUUGAAGCUCUAGUCAAUGAUCAUGAAUUACAGCAUUCAAAUCCUGGGGUCUUGAAGGAAGCCAAACAACUGAUAAUUAAGAGAAUUUAA